AUGGAUUUGGGGCAAAUUGACGACAUUGUUUACCGGCUCAAGGCGGUAACGUUGAAAGAUAAUGAAAACGACAAAGUUUUUGAAGAGAAAGAAAACUCCGUAGUCUCGGAAAAGGGGAAGAAACAAAGGCCGGCUGCACGGCAGGGCUAUGUCAGCACUGAAGACGCUGACAUUCCUUCUGUAGAUGAAGAAUUGGCAGCAGAGUACUACAGGACAGUCAAAGAUUUUGGAAAGGUCGAGUUUUGGAAAAUGAGCGCCAAAUCCAAUCAUAUCGAGAGCAGGCUCAAUCCACAGAAGUUCCAUCAUCACAUACUACAGCCAGCGUACUUGCAGGACAACAAGGAAAAGUACCACUUCAAAAUAAACUUGAAUUGUCCCGACAGUGCAACCGACUCGGAAUUGGAGAACUACAAUUUGAUGAGGAAGAAAAGCAUAAAGGAAAACGCCAUGACACACAGGUUUUCCCGGCAUAGCAAAAGCGAUCAUACACAUAUAGAAUACCUUUGUCGUAUGUGUUCAUUUAAGAGAUGGGUGCCGAUGAAAAGGUUUGAGGAGCACAUGUGUUUAGCUCAUGGGAUCCUGAAUGUCAGCGGCUUCGGAUACGUUGGCCUCCCGCCUCCGGAUGCAGUGUAUCGACAAAGCCCGGGGAAGCUAAAAUGCUAUUACUCCAAGUGUCCGAAAUGCUUAAGGUGGAUCCGGUUGGGCAAGGUCGCAGGCGUGGGCCGUGUCUCAAGGAAGGUGAGACUUCAUGACAGCAUCAACAAUGACCAAGUUGUUGUAGGCUUGUAUACCAACUACUUUCAGCACUUCCUGGCAUGUUCUCAAGAGGAAGAAGGGCCAGCUGAGGAGUUGUAG